AUGAAGUCUUUCGAAGUUGUGGUAAUUGCUGUGAUCCUUUCGGUUUCCAUCGUAGAUGCGUUCAUAGAGAAUUCGUUUGAACAAAUUAUGGGGUGUAAGCAGUACAACAGUGGAGCAAAAUAUCACGGUGCGAUCAAAUACUUUCCCACGGCAAACAUGCGGCACGUGGGCCACACAAACCAAAACUCCAAGUUUUUCAAAUUCGCCAUAUUUGGCCCUAGCGAUGGACUCAUUCGAUAUGGUAAAACGGUAUAUCCUUACGAUAGUGAUGGGAUUGAGAUAGUGCUUGGAGGAUGGGGCAACACUAAGAGUGCUGGACGACGACAGCGCCGGACGGCAUCGCACCAAAACGUUAACACUCUGCUCGCCGAAGCUCCAACUCCGUACCUGAUGUCGCAGUACGGUCCUAUAAUGUUUGUGCUGGAGGUGUUCACCGAUGGUCUAGUGAAAGUACGUCGCUAUGGUCAAUCGACACCUUUCUUAUCGUUUAACGACAGCAACCGUACACCUGUUGACUACAUGGCGUUUGCCAAGGGUGAUAAAGAUUUGAUUUUCUUUUACGAUUGUCCUUUGGGGAAUCCCAACCGCGCUGAUGCUUUAAAAUAA